GAAAAAAAAAAGGAAAAAACUACACCAUGGGCUUCAAAUUCCCCGUCGACCUCUCACAGUUCAAGCGGCUCCAGCUGGAUCCCAAGAACUCCAAGCUUUCCCCGGAGCAGAAGAAAGACCUCCAGCAUAACAUUGACGUCUUUCGCGAUGCCAUUGUUGCCUUCACAGCCACGGGUUCUGCCCGUGGCGUCGCUGGACACACCGGUGGUCCCUUCGACACGGCCCCCGAGGUCUGUAUCCUGCUAGCCUUCAUCAACAGCAACCCCAGCGGGUGGGUUGACGCCCUCUUCGACGAGGCCGGUCACCGCGUCGCCACGCAGUAUCUGCUCGCGGCCAUCGACGGCAAGAUUCCCGCCGACCAUCUCCUCGACUACCGCGAGGCCAACUCCAAGCUCCCCGGCCACCCCGAGCUGGGGCUCACCCCGGGCGUCAAGUUCAGCUCCGGUCGGUUGGGCCACAUGUGGGCGAUGGCCAACGGCAUCGCUAUGCAGAACAAGGACAAGAAGGUGAUCUUGCUGGGCUCGGACGGCUCCCAGCAGGAGGGCAACGACGCCGAGGCGGCUCGCAUCGCCGUGGCGCGCAACCUCAACGUCAAGCUCUUCAUUGACAACAAUGACGUCACCAUCGCCGGCCACCCCUCGCAGUACCUGCACGGCUACAACGUGGCCAACACGUUGAAGGGCCACGGGCUCAAGGUGGUUCACGCCCAAGGCGAGGACCUCGACUCGCUGUACGGCGCCAUCUGCGAGGUCGUCGCCCAUAACGGCCCCGCCGCCGUCAGCGUUGACCGCACCAUGGCACCCGGCAUCGAGGGCAUCGAGGGCCAGACCAAGGCCCACGACGUCAUCCCCGUCGACCUCGCCCGCAAGUACCUCACCCGCCGCGGCUAUUCGGCCGACCAGCUGGCCUUCUACGACCAGAUCAAGCCCCAGAGCAACCCGCACCAGUACGAGGGUUCCACCAAGGACAAGGGCUCCAACCGCACCAUCUUCGGCGAGGCCGUCAACUCCGUCCUCGACGAGCUCAGCUCCGAGGAGGCCGCGCGCCGCGUCAUGGUCAUCGACUCGGACCUCGAGGGCUCCACGGGCCUCAAGAGCAUCCAUCAGAAGCACCCCGAGGUGUACAUCCCGUCGGGUGUGAUGGAGCGUGGUAACUUCUCCGCGGCGGCGGGCUUCGGCUUCGGUAGCAACGGCGACCGCCAGGGCGUCUUCUCGACCUUCUCGGCCUUCCUCGAGAUGUGCAUCUCGGAGAUCACCAUGGCGCGGCUGAACGACUGCACCGUGCUCUCGCACUUCUCGCACAGCGGCAUCGAUGAGAUCGCCGACAACACCUGCCAUUUCGGGCUGAACCAUUUCUUCGCCGACAACGGCCUCAUGGAUGCCGAGUCCACCACGCUGUACUUCCCCGCUGACGGCGAGCAGAUGAAGGCCGUCGUCCGCAAGGUUUUCUUCUCCAAGGGCCUGCGCUUCAUCUUCUCCACCCGCUCCAAGGUCCCCUACAUCCUGAAGGAAGGCAGCGCCGACGAGAAACUGUAUGGCUCGGGCUACGACUUCGUCCCGGGUAAGGAGGAGUUCAUCCGCAAGGGCUCCGCCGGCUAUAUCGUCUCCUAUGGCGACAUGCUGUACCGGUCGCUGGACGCUGUCGAGCGUCUGCGCCGCGAGGGCCUCGACAUCGGCCUCGUCAAUAAGCCCACGUUGAACAUCGUCGACGAGGACGCCAUCCGCGUCUACGGCGCCACCCCCUUCGUUCUGACUGUCGAGUCGAUCGCCCAGAAGACGGGCCUCGGCUCGCGUCUGGGUACCCACCUGCUCGAGCGCAACCUGCGCCCCAAGUACAAGACGUUGGGUGCUAUCAAGGAAGGCUGUGGUGGCCUCUUCGAGCAGAUCAAUGCCCAAGGUUUGGGGCCGGACGCCAUCAUGGAUGCCGUCCGGCAGGCUGCGCGGAAGUAG